ACAAAGGAAAACGAAAUCAGAGACCUUUCAGUAUAAUUCUUAGAAUUCAACAAUGGCGUUGGCUCUUACUUCUUCUUCUUCCGCUGCCAUUUCCGGUUCCGCCUUCGCUCGCUCCGCUGCUUCUUCCGAUUUGAAAGCUGCACAAAUUGGUUCGUUUCGGCUGCUAGAUCGUCCGGCGACGGUGAUUUUGUCUUCAAAGAGACGGAGCGCAGUUAGGCCGGUGAAUGCAGAGGGAAGGCGGAAUGAAUCUAUAGCUCCUUUGGCUGCAGCAACUAUCGUUGCUCCUGAAGUAUCGGAGAAAGUGGAGGUAGAGGAUUACGAGCAAUUGUCCAAAGAGCUUGAAAAUGCUUCUCCCCUUGAAAUUAUGGACAAAGCUUUGGAGAAAUUUGGGAAUGACAUCGCAAUUGCUUUCAGUGGUGCAGAGGAUGUUGCUUUGAUCGAGUAUGCGAAACUAACGGGGAGACCAUUUAGGGUCUUCUCCCUUGAUACCGGGAGACUCAACCCGGAGACAUAUCGGUUCUUUAAUGAAGUUGAGAAGCAUUAUGGAAUCCAUAUAGAGUACAUGUUUCCUGAUGCUGUUGAAGUUCAGGCAUUAGUGAGGGGUAAGGGUUUGUUUUCAUUUUAUGAAGAUGGCCACCAAGAAUGCUGCCGUGUGAGGAAAGUGAGGCCUCUUAGAAGAGCACUUAAGGGGCUACGUGCCUGGAUCACUGGACAAAGGAAGGAUCAGUCUCCUGGUACUAGGUCUGAGAUCCCUGUGGUCCAGGUGGAUCCAGCUUUUGAGGGAAUGGAUGGUGGAAUUGGGAGCUUGGUGAAGUGGAACCCAGUGGCAAAUGUUGAUGGUAAAGACAUUUGGAGCUUUCUCAGGGCAAUGAAUGUGCCGGUGAAUUCCCUGCAUUCUCAGGGGUAUGUCUCAAUUGGAUGCGAGCCCUGCACAAGGCCAGUCCUUCCUGGUCAACAUGAAAGGGAAGGAAGAUGGUGGUGGGAGGAUGCCAAGGCUAAGGAAUGCGGCCUCCACAAAGGAAAUCUGAAACAAAAUGGUGCUGCACAUAUUAAUGGCAAUGGCGACGGGGCUGUUCAUACCAAUGGAGCUGCCACCGAGAAUGACAUUUUCAACACACAGAAUUUGGUCACCUUAAGCCGGACAGGAAUAGAGAAUUUGGCAAAAUUGGAGAACCGGAAAGAGCCGUGGAUUGUCGUGCUUUACGCCCCAUGGUGCCAAUUCUGCCAGGCAAUGGAGGCAUCCUAUGUUGAGUUGGCUGACAAACUUGCAGGAUCUGGCGUGAAGGUUGGGAAGUUUAGAGCAGAUGGUGACCAGAAGGAGUAUGCCCAGAAAGAGUUGCAGCUUGGAAGCUUCCCCACGAUACUUUUCUUCCCUAGACACUCCUCCAAGCCAAUAAAGUACCCAUCAGAAAAAAGGGAUGUUGAUUCUUUGAUGGCUUUCGUGAAUGCGUUGCGGUAAUGCGGAUCAAGGAUCAACUUUUGUCCAAUUAUCGUUCGACAGACAUAAGAUCCCUCUUGAUUCCAUGAAAGCUAAAAACAGGGUGGGGGUUACCAAAGGAGGAUACAUAGAACUAGUAGAACAAUUAGAACUAGCACUCAUGGCAUCAAAACUGCCUAGGGCGUUCUUGUAUGGUGGUGAGUGUGUAAACUGUUAGUUUCUUUGUUUAUCUUGCCGAGUCUAGUGCAGGAGUUCCAGAGUCGAGGUUUCUUGAGCCAAUCCCAGAGGCCAGAGUCAGUUUUGCAUUGUUGUUUUUGUAGAUGAACCAUUAUUUUGAGUCAGACAUCCAUGAAUGGAAAAGGGUGUAGGGUCAUAGUUUUUAAAUUUUUAGAAUUUUUUCACAACUUUAAUAAAUUUCUUAACCUUGUGAAAAAAAUGUCAAAAAGAAAAGCAGCCUUUUUAU